AUGCCGACAACUCUCCCCCCGUCUCCCAAGACGCGUUGGUGCAGGGGCAAUCCCCCUCUCCCCUCCAGCAGCGUUCAGUUCUAUCCACAGUUUUUUGUGCCGUUCCUCGCUGUGGAUGCUCUGGAGAAGGGGUCGAGUCAUUGUCCGCGGACACCUUCCCAGUUCCCUCAGCAAGCCCAGCUGCCCAGAGUUCCAAGGAGAGCGAGACAUAUUAGCCCGAGAAUCACCAAGGCAGAGCGCCAGCCAGUGACUGAUGACACCGGUCGUCCCAUCUUCACAGUAGUCCAAACCGCCAUCCAGCUCGGCCAGUUUCGAUUGUGGAAACUUGUCAAAUCCGCCCCCAAUCCUUCCAGUGCGUGCGGCCGGAUGGGGAUCCCGAUCACGGCCAUCUCGGGUGGGAGCCCAUCGAGAUAA